AUGAGCAACGUCACCGGCGAUCCCACCGCCGUCGCAGUCUCCGGCUCUACACAAAUCCAGGCUCCUCCUCCGACAGAUCGUCCCGUCCGCGUCUACGCCGAUGGGAUCUACGAUCUCUUCCACUUUGGCCACGCUCGAUCUCUCGAACAAGCCAAGAAAUCGUUUCCGAACACUUACCUUCUUGUUGGAUGUUGCAACGAUGAGACUACACAUAAGUACAAGGGAAGGACUGUCAUGACUGCUGAAGAGCGUUAUGAAUCUCUUCGUCAUUGCAAGUGGGUGGAUGAAGUCAUUCCGGAUGCACCAUGGGUGAUCAACCAAGAGUUUCUUGAUAAGCACCGGAUUGACUAUGUUGCUCAUGAUUCCCUUCCGUAUGCAGACACCAGCGGAGCUGGAAAAGAUGUCUAUGAAUUUGUUAAGAAAGUUGGGAGGUUUAAGGAAACAAUGCGAACCGAAGGAAUUUCAACCUCCGACAUUAUCAUGAGAAUAGUCAAAGAUUACAACCAGUAUGUCAUGCGUAACCUUGAUAGAGGAUAUUCAAGGGAAGAUCUUGGUGUUAGCUUUGUCAAGGCAUGUCUUCAUUUUCUUGCUAUCUCUUCAUAUUUUUUUUUCUCGUUUGGAGGAAUCAACUUUGGGUUUAUCGAUUUGCAACAGGAAAAGAGACUUAGAGUUAAUAUGAGGCUAAAGAAACUCCACGAGAGAGUCAAAGAACAACAAGAAAAAAUACAAACCGUGAAAAUGCUGCGCAACGAAUGGGUAGAGAAUGCAGACCGAUGGGUCGCUGGAUUUCUUGAAAUAUUUGAAGAAGGUUGCCAUAAGAUGGGAACUGCAAUCAGAGACCGUAUCCAAGAGAGGCUAAUCAGACAAAUUCCGAGAAACAAGCUGGAGAACGGUGAGGAUGAUGACACAGACGAUCAAUUCUAUGAAGAAUAUUUCGACCAUGACAUGGGCAGUGAUGAGGAUGAAGAUGAACAAUACUAUGACGAGGAAGAAGAUGUUGAGAAAGAGAAAGAGAAAAGUGUCAAGACUGAUGCAAAAGACAUCAAGUAA